AUGCAAAAUGAGACUAAUAAAAGAGUUGCUUAUUUUUAUCAUCCAUAAAUAGGAAGAUAUCAUUAUGGUAAGGAACAUCCGAUGAAACCUAAAAGAAUUGCAAUGGCGCAUAAUUUAAUUGUGAAUUAUGGGUAAUUAUAUAUAAAGAAGUCUUAGACUAUAUAGAAAUCUUGAUGUGUAUAUGAACCGUUAGGCUUCAUUAAAAGAGAUGGAAAAAUUUCAUGAGCCAGAAUAUUUAUAAUAUUUAAGCCAAUUUACAAGUGUUAGAAGUUAAAUUGUGAAUGAGUAUCAACACUAUAACCAACAACCAAAUAUCACACAUUUUACGAGUCACAUUUACAACGAAUUUGAUUUGUUAGAUUAUAAUAUACCACACAGUCAUGAGCCAAUUGAGACAAAUAAUAAUUAUCCUCAACCAAAUAGUUUUAGAGUGGGAGACUCAACAGACAACCCUAGCUUUCCGGGAUUAUAUGAUUUUUGUCAAUUGUCAGCAGGAGGAUCAAUAGAUGCUGCACAUGUUUUAAUUUCAUAAGAUGCAGAAAUAGCAAUAAAUUAUUCAGGAGGUUUGCAUCAUGCUAAAAAAAGAGAAGCGAGUGGGUUUUGUUAUGUAAAUGACAUAGUAAUAGCAAUUUUGGAAUUAUUAAGAGUGCAUUAGAGAGUACUUUAUGUGGAUAUAGAUGUUCAUCAUGGAGAUGGAGUAGAAGAAGCAUUUCUUUUGACAAAUAGAGUAAUGACUUGUUCAUUUCAUUAAUAUGGAGAUGAUUUUUUUCCAGGAUCGGGUGAUAUUGAUAGUUAUGGAGAAGGAUUAGGCAGAUAUCAUGCUUUAAAUAUUCCAUUAAAAAUAGGUAUGAAUGAUGAAACCUUUACAGAAAUAUUCUAGAAAAUAAUCACUUAAGUAAUGGAAAUAUACAGACCAGAAGCAGUAGUUUUAUAAUGUGGAGCUGAUUCUUUAUGUCAUGAUAGAUUAGGAGGAUAUAAUUUAUCAACAAAAGGUCAUGGUGCAUGUGUUGAAUUUAUGAUUAAAUACAAUGUACCUAUUUUAGUACUUGGGGGAGGAGGAUAUACAAUAUAAAAUGUUGCUAGAUGUUGGGCAUAUGAAACAGGAUUAUGUUUAAAUAAAAAGAUUGAUGCUCCUAUUCCAACAUCUGAAAUCUAUUAUGAAUAUUAUGCACCAGAUUAUAAAUUACAUUUCCCAAUUAAACAAAAUGUAGAAAACAAAAAUAAGAAAGAAGAACUAUAAAGAAUAGUUGAAAAAAUAUAUGGUUAUUUAAAAUCUAUUGAACCUGCUCCUGGAAUAUCUUUUCAUGAUUUACCUUAAUCUUUUUAUCCAGAUAUGAAUGUUGAAGAAGGUAAUAUAUACUAAUAAUACUUCUAGAAAUUAAUCCUGAUUAACGUUAUGAAUAAACUCUAAAUUAAUUUGAGGGAGCACAUUAUGAAGAAGGAAGUGAAAUCUUAGUAGAUCCAUCAAAUGGAUUCUCUAUUCAUAGAAGAGAAUGA